CAAGCUGUGCAUACCAGCAAGGCAUCUUCUCUUGUGUUGGGAGCACAGAAAGCCUUCCAUCAUGAGCUUCACUGGAAAGUACGAGCUCCAGUCCCAUGAAAACUUCGAGCCUUUCAUGAAAGCCCUUGGGCUUCCUGAUGAUCAUAUCCAGAAGGGUAAGGACAUGAAGAGUGUCUCAGAAAUUGUGCAGAAUGGGAAUAAGUUCAAGAUUACUUUUACUGCUGGCCCCAAAGUAAUGACCAGUGAGUUCACCAUUGGGGAGGAGUGUGAGAUGGAUCUGCCGACAGGAGAGAAGGUCAAGUGUGUUGUUAACAUGGAAGGUAACAACAAACUGGUUACCAACCUGAAGGGGCUGAAAUCCGUGACCGAACUCAACGGAGACACCAUCAUCCAUACCAUGACGAAGGGAGACCUCACCUACAAGAGAAUUAGCAAGAGAGUCUAGAGACCCUGCACAAACUUAUCAUUUUACUAUGUAGAAUGAGUUCCAUUAAAGUAAAAUUUGUAUGAAAACAUCUUCAUAAUAAACCUCUUUGCUUUUGCUAUAAAAAA